GUGAAGUACGACGUUCUCUGGCAAAUCGUGGCUCACAAUUCCAGCAGAGGGAUGACGAAGGCGAAGCUCGACGCUCCCUUGCCCGCAAGUCUGAGAGCUUCCCACCUGACGAAGGCAUGACUCGGCGCUCCAGCGGUCAUGGCUAUGAGGAGGAAGGCCAGACUCGCCGCUCAGUUGCGUCUCGCAAAUCAGAAGCCUAUGAGGAUGCAGGCCGAGGUUCUCAGCGCUUGUCGAGGCUGCCUGAAGGUUCUGAGCAGCGCAUGUUGUCAAGACCACCGCUUUCGCCUGGCUCCUCUGAGACGGAACUCUACACGGGCCAUGACGGCUUUCAGAGGAAAUCAGAGGUCAUCCGCCCUGAGCGGCCGGUCGAGCUUACGCUUGUCCUUGAUGCUGACAAUGUUGACGAGAUGAAGUCCAUUAUCUGGAAGUUCACGGAGCAAGGCGCGUGUGUGAAGGCUCUCAGCAGACACUGCCCAAAGGCCGAGCCAGAAGACAUCCGUGCGGGCGACGUCCUCAUGUUUAUCAACAAGGAGUUCGUUCUUGAUAAAGAGAAGCUGGUCACUCAGAAAAUUUGGAAAGACGAGCAGCUGGACAACAGGUUCCUCACCCUGCGUUUCCGAGCGUGGUGA